AAUCAAGCCAGAUUCAGUAUCGAAGAAGCUCAGGAGGUUUUAUUUUGGAUCGAAGAAGUGACUGCAGUUCAAUUUGAUAGGGAUCCAACUACUUUUCAAACUGCUCAAGACGUUGUUGAUGCAUUAAAAGAUGGUACUCAGUUAUGCGAGUUAAUGAAUCGACUGUUGAAUAAAACAGAUGUAGUACCAUAUAAUGCUAAACCAAGAAUGCCUUUUCAUAAGAUGGAAAAUAUAAGUAAUUUCCUGGAUGCAAUCAAAGCAUAUGGCGUACCCGAAAUUUCUUGCUUCCAAACAGUUGAUUUAUACGAAAAUAAGCAGUGCUACAAGGUCAUCGAAUGCCUCAGGGCUUUAGCUGCUGUGGCCCAAUCGAAAAGUGCUCCAGUAUCAUUUCCAUCUUGGGUUGUCAAAAUUUCUCAAGGUUGCCCUCGUUUUUUCUCAGAAUCUGUGAUACGUCGUGGUGAAAUGGUAAUCCCUCUGCAGUACGGUACCAAUAAAUGUGCAUCACAAAAAGGCAUGACUCCAUAUGGCCUGACAAGACAAAUCAAACCUGAAAAUUGA